AUGCGAUUCUUCUUCGUGCUCUCCGCCCUCUUCCUCCUUGUUUCGGCGACGUCUCUUCGCGAAAAGAGACAGUGCGGUUGCUCAGCACAGCCGACGUGCUCCUGCCAGCAAUCCACUCCACAGCACAUUCGCUUCAAAAUCGAGCGAUCACGUGAAGAUGCGAUUCAUGAGAGGAAUCAUCAUACCGUCGCUGGUACAAUGGUCGAACUUUGUUCAAUCAUCGACAUCGUUGCAGGCGGCCAUCAUGAGAUGUUUCAUCGGUUGCCGAUUCACGUGCGACGUCGAUUGCAGAACAAGAAUGACGCCGAAUCGACGAUCACCAGCAUUCAAGGAGCACUAAGCAAUCCGGGAACACCGACAAUUCGAAGAUUCGACCGCUCACUCUACUGGCUGGUCAUGAAUCGAAACAAAUUCGGCUUUCGCCGAAUUGUUCUCAGUCUUCUCGUCCUUCUGUACACGUUGUUCGGAGCUACCGUAUUCUAUUUCAUCGAGGGCAAUUAUGAGAAAGAGAUACUCAAAGUGCACGCAAAAGAUCUCGAUGUUCUAUUAGACGAGCUAGCUGACGUUUUAUCGGAAACCGUUAACAAUCCGAACAAAUCGGUUACCUUAGAAGGGAUGAAAGAUUUCAUCAAGCAAGCUUACAUCACCCUGCAGAAGAAGGAAGAUCAGUACAAAUGGAGCACCUAUUACAAGCUGGAUGAUCUCGAGAACCAUUUGAAAUGGAAUUUUGGAAGCGCGUUAUUCUUUAGUAUGAACGUGUACACCACAACGGGUUAUGGAACUAUAUCUGCGGACACUGUCGCGGGAAAAGUGUUCACAAUUGUUUAUGCAUUUUGCUUCGUGCCGGUCACGCUGGUGAUUCUUCGAGACCUCGGCCAGAUGUUUCUCGUCAACUUCACCAAACUCUAUGCGCAUGCGUUAACAUUUGGAAGAAAGCUUCGCGGUAAAAUCGAUGUCGACGAUGACGAGAUGAUCCAGCUUCCAAUAAAAUAUUGCAUGUUCAUCCUGACAAUCUACCUGCUAUUCUGCACAACGCUCGUGUAUAUUUACGACGGCACGUCGGGUCCCAACUGGAAUGAGGGAUUGUCGUAUUUCACCGCGUUCUACUUCUCAUUCAUCUCGCUGUCGACGAUCGGUCUCGGCGAUGUGAUGCCGAAUAAUGUUCCAUAUGCGCCGGUGAUUUCAAUAUUGUUUUUUAUUGGAAUGGCGGUCACCAAAGUGGUGAAUCGAUCGACAUAUAUUGCGGUGGAAAAUGGCAUUUUUGGUUGGGUUCAUGAUCACAAGACGAGGUACGUCAACAUCAUCAUCAUCAUCAUCAUCACUGUUUGCGACUUUGAUUUUUUGAAGGAAUUGGUCGCCGAGAACAAUUUCACGAUUCGCUCGAUCGCAACAUUCAUGCGAUCAAACGCCGACAUUUAUGGCGGCGGAUUCGGAAGAGUGACGAUGCGGCGUGGCGAUUUGUUGCACCAUCACCAUCAUUUGACGAUGCCGUCGGGUGGUGGUGUCAGACGAAUGCCGAAUAUUCCAUCGGCUUCGGAAUUAUCAAUUUAG